GGGGGCGGGGGCGCAGGAGGUGGGGCCGCCAUCGCCGUCAGGGCCCCAGGGAGCGCGGGGCGCCGCUGCCGCUGCUCCUCGGCUCGGUUCUGUCUACUGGGCAGCGCCGGGCCGGCAGCUGGGCGGCGGAGGAGCAGGAGCCGGGAGUCAAGCUCUGCCGAGAGUUGGGCAGAGGAGCGCCCGCGCCCCGUUCGGCGUCAUGGGCACCCUCCCCGGGCCUCAGCGGGCACCAGCCGCGGGAACCCCCGGGCCUCCUCGCGCCCGAGCCUGAGCGACCCCCGGGUUCUCCGGCGCCCCCUCCCUCGCCCUAUUUUUUUUUUACCUGCUCUCCCUGCCGCUACCGCUUCGGCUCUCAGUUAUGGCAACAGAGCCCCCAUCCCCCAUCCGGCUCGAGGCUCCGGGUCCCCCUGAAAUGCGGACCCCACUGGCGAUCGAGGCCACCCCUGAGGGCGCCCCGCAGCCGGCGGGCGGCAGACUCCGCUUCCUCAACGGCUGCGUGCCCCUCUCGCAUCAGGUGGCCGGGCACAUGUACGGGAAGGACAAAGUGGGUAUACUGCAACAUCCAGAUGGCACAGUUUUGAAACAGUUACAACCACCUCCAAGGGGCCCAAGAGAGCUGGAAUUCUAUAAUAUGGUUUAUGCUGCUGACUGUACUGAUGGUGUUCUCCUAGAGCUACGAAAAUAUUUACCACAAUAUUAUGGCAUCUGGUCACCUCCCACUGCACCAAAUGAUUUAUACUUAAAACUGGAAGAUGUGACCCAUAAAUUUAAUAAGCCCUGUAUAAUGGAUGUAAAGAUAGGGCAAAAAAGCUAUGAUCCUUUUGCUUCAUCUGAGAAGAUUCAGCAACAGGUCAGCAAGUACCCAUUAAUGGAAGAGAUUGGGUUCUUGGUGCUUGGCAUGAGGGUGUAUCAUAUUCAUUCCGACAGCUAUGAGACACAAAACCAGCAUUAUGGAAGAAGCUUAACAAAAGAAACUAUAAAGGAUGGAGUCUCUAGAUUUUUUUAUAAUGGGUACUGCUUAAGAAAAGAUGCUGUUGCUGCCAGUAUUCAGAAGAUUGAGAAAAUUCUGCAGUGGUUUGAAAACCAGAAGCAGCUUCACUUUUACGCAAGUUCAUUACUGUUUGUUUAUGAAGGUUCAUCUCAGCCAACCACUACAAAACUGAAUGACAGAGCUUUGGCAGAAAAGUUUUUGUCCAAAGGACCACUGUCAGACACAGAAGUACUAGAGUACAAUAAUAACUUUCAUGUGUUCAGUUCCACAGUGAAUGGAAAAAUAGAGUCUUCAGUAGGCAAAAGCUUGUCCAAGAUGUAUGCUCGUCACAGGAAAAUGUAUAUUAAAAAGCAUCACAGUCAGACUUCAUUGAAAGUUGAAAAUCUGGACCAAGACAAUGGAUGGAAAAGCAUGUCACAGGAACAUUUAAAUGGAAAUGUGCUUUCCCAACUGGAAAAAGUUUUCUACCAUCUUCCCACUGGUUGUCAAGAGAUCGCCGAAGUAGAAGUGCGAAUGAUAGAUUUUGCUCAUGUGUUCCCUAGCAACACAAUAGAUGAGGGAUACGUUUAUGGGCUAAAGCAUUUAAUUUCUGUACUUCAAAGUAUUUUAGACAAUUGAAUCCUUUGUUGCAGUUUUUUUUAAGGGGUGGGCCAAUCAUAAUGAAGAGCAGCAGUCAAUAUCUCUGCACCUGUAAUGCUAUGUAAAAAUUUGUAUUGUGAGUCGACAUUUUAUUUGUCUUUCUACUUUUGGAAGAAAGGUUAACUUUUUUAUAAUCUUACUCAGGAAAACUAAUUAUUUGUUUAUUAGAAAACUAUGAAGAAUAAAGAAACUUAGGAAUGUUAAGCAGGGAAUGUGGUGGUACAUGGCUUAAACAAUUUUUUGGCUCAAGUAAAAUGCAAACCAUUAUUCAGUCAUUAAGAGUUUAGUUAGCUUUCUGUAGCCAGUUCAUGAAAUCUCUGUCCACCCAACAUUGACAAUGAGCCAUAUCUAAACUAUUACAUUAUUAGAACACCUACCAAAAUCUCAAAAGCACAGGUUGAUGUCCUUAGUAUUGCUAUGUAUGAAGUUACUAAAACUGGAGAAACUUUUACUCAGAAAUAAGUACUGUUUAGGUUUUAUAUUAAAAGUUCAGACCAGCAUAUCAAAGGGUGCUUCUUAGUGAAAGGAUUUAGAAUUGUUGCAUUCCAAAAGCAGGUUUUCUCUCUGAUUUUUUACAUAUCUCUCUCUCUCUCUCAAAAUAUUAUGCUUCAUGAAAAAGACAAUUGAUAUGGAUGACAACAACAACAAAAUUUUUUUUUUGAGAUGAAGUCUAGCUCUGUCGCUCAGGCUGGAUUGCAGUGGUGUGAUCUCGGCUCACUAUAACCUCCGCCUCCUGGGUUCAAGCAAUUCUCUGCCUCAACCUCCUGAGUAGCUGGGAUUAUAGGUGCCUGCCACCAUGCCCAGCUAAUGUUUUGGUAUUUUUAGUAGAGACAAGGGUUCACCAUAUUGGCCAGGCUGGUCUUGAUCUCCUAACCUUAUGAUCCACCUGCCUUGGCCUCCCAAAGUACAGGGAUUACAGGCAUGAGCCACUGUGCCCAGCCAACAAAAUAUUUUUAUUAUCUUUCAUUUAUGAGAAAAUUGGAAUAUAAAUUUAUACAUUGUGAAAAGUAUCAUAAAACAUAUACCUUUUUAUAUAAAUACAGCUUCAAAAAAGUAAAUAAUUGAAGUUUUAUUUCUCCUCUAAAUAACUUGAAUUUUUUUCUUUAAAAAUUUAUGUAUUUAUAUGUCCCCAUUUAGUUAAAUGGUAGUGUAAAUGUAUGUUGUUAAAAGUAGUUUCUCAGAAUUAUAGUAAGCCAUGAAAAACAAUAUCUAAUUAGGUUGUUAUAAAAAAUACUAUGUGUAAAUUAGUCUGUCAUAUACGGUUUGGUGCAUAGCUAAAUUCAGGCUUCUAUUUCACUCAUUCAAAACAGUUAUAUAUCAUGUUCAACAGUGAAAUUAUAAUUUAAUUUCAUGGGGGUGGGUGCAAGGGCAGUGCUACAGUUCCUGGAAAAAUUAGAUUUGUAUUUCAUACCCACCACCUUAAAAAAAACAACUAAUUAUUUGUCAUUGAAAACAUGUAAAACUUUGAGUCUUCAAAUACAUUUGAUGAUAAUGCUGUCAUUACUUGCACUUUGAUUCACUAAUAACAUUUCUAAGUAGUUAGCAGUUUUGUCAUAUUUCUGCAAAAUAUUUUGGAGUUGUAAAUUGUUUCUCCUCUUUCUUCUGGAGUUACAAACUGAAUUUUUAAAUCCAAGCACCUUUGUUGUGCUGUGGAGAAAAGUAUUACAAUUUUAUGUUUAUCUUACCUUCCCAACCCUUUCUGGGGGUACUUUGCAAAUACGUGACUCCAUAUAGAAGUACCAAAUAAAUGCUCAAUGAACUUUAUGCUUAGUAAAUCUACUAAACCUGAAUAACUGAAAAGAUAAUGUGCAUUUUGUAAUAGCAAAAUUCGAUUUUAAUUUUUUUAUUAGAAUUGUAUUUUCCAUAAGGACUUCCAAUUUUUCUUUACUUUUCAAAUGGAUAUUGGCUAUAGUUCUGUGUUUUAAUGGGAAUGAAUUUCAAAUCAUAAUUAAUAAUCAGAAAAUUUUUAGUUUUUCUCUUACAGUACGGACUUUUGUUGUUAUUUGGAUAGUGGUUCAAUAAAUCUUAAGCUCAGAUAAUUAAACACUAUUUUGAAUCUUAACAAGAUAUUGAGGCUUUUUUUGUAUGGGAUGAUAUCAGCUUAUGUAUAAUGAAUUUAUUAAACUUAAGUAUUAUCAGAUUUUUUGCACAUUUUAGCUCAAUAAAAUCUGAAUUAACUGUUAAAGAUUUUUUUAAUCUGUAUUUGGAAAUAUAAUUUUGUAAAAUCAGUGUCUUACCUUUUUGAUACAAUAGAUCAUGUUUUGUUUUUAAUAAAGCAAGAAGUCCUUUAAUCUGUUGUUUUUCAGGAAAAGGUUUAACAUUUAAUUCUGUUGGUUUACAUUUGUUAUCAUUGUUAUCCAGUGCUCAUUUUAUGUUGCUUUAUAAGUAAGCUUAGGUAUAACAGAGUAAGUGUCUGUUUAUCCAGCCUACUUGUGACUAUUUUAGUCGAUCUCAGUCACUUAAUAUUAUGCUGAAAUUUACCACUGUGGGGAUGAAUGAUCACUAUUCACCAAGCGUAUUUGAACAUGUAAAAGUUUAAGAAAUAAGUAUAAUACCGAUAUAGUUUGGGUUAAUAGGAUUCUCAUAGUUUUUUUCCCCUAUGAAACAUAAGUAAUGAUUUCAGUGUAUUUCUUAUGGAAUACACUCAUUUAGAAAGGACUUUAAGAAAUUGUGGAUGUGAAUAAUACCUUCCUCUAAUAAAAAUUUAAAUUGUAUAAUAGUUUUAUAAUAAAGUAUUUACAUUAAUUGAUAUUUUAAUAUGGAUGGACAUUGCGUAGAUUCAAGUAAAUUAAAAUCAAUUAUAAAUGCUAAAUAUUUUAUCUAAAUAGUUUUUCAAGAAACAAUUAUGAAAAUAUGAAUAUUAAAUGGCUCUAAAGUGGAGCUUGUGAUAUUUCAACUCAGUAUCCAUUAUUCUUUGUGUGUGUCUGGAAAGAUUGUACUUACUUUUCCUCUUUACACUACAAUUUGCUGUUAUGGGGCUCUAAACUGUGUUCAACUAAAUAAGAACCUUUGUAUUUCAAUUGAGCAUAAUUUAGUAUUUUAUGAUUUCCAAGAUGAUGUUCUAUGUCUGUCUGCCAAGUCUGUGUAUCAAAUUUAUAGCAUCAUUUAAGAAAAAAGAAUUUCCAUAGAUAGUUGCAAUUUUUUGUUUCACGCAACUGGAAAUACAUUUGUUUCUAGGGUUUGGAAUAUUAUAGAAGAUGUAGGAUGAAAGAAAAUAAUAGAACAAUGAAACAAUUCUGUUAAAUUAUGGGAAUUGUGUCCACUAUGGUAAAGCAUUGUCAUCAUUUUAGUACAUUUUCUCUUAGUAGUUUGGCAUUUUAUACUUUAAAACUUGAUUUGCUUUAAAAAUUGUUUACAAUUUUCUCCAGUGCCUUUAGUCUUGAUUUGAUAUGCUUGUACCCUCAGUUAUCUUUUCUAUUACAUAUUUCUGAUGUUUUCAUAGCCUAGGAAACAUCUAUUCCUUUUUAAUAAGUGUCAAUCAGGUUAUCUAAAGAGGUAACAAUUAUCUGUUAAUGCUUCGGAAAAACAAGUAGUGUUGCCUUUGGAGGCCAGGCUUCUUAGUUUAUUCAAAAAUAGUACUUGGAUUUAUGCCAUGUGUUAAGCAUUUUUAGCCCCCAGUAUUACAAUGUGAACCAAACAGAUAAGGCCCUAACCAUUUUCAGUGUUCUGUUUAGAUGGGCUGGGAUUGGGGACUUAAUAAAAAUACAGAUAUAGAAAAAUAUGCAUCUAAAUAGGAUAAUAGGUAUGAGGUUGAAAUGAAGCAACUAACAAUAUUAAAGAAGUUAGAAGUAAUAUUUUGCAGUAUUGUAACCUCUAUUUAACUUAAGUUUGGGUAGUAGUUACAGAUGGCAUAAGAGCCUUAAUUUUUCACUUUCCUUGCUGGCAAAGGUACAUUUAUUUAGACUGUCCAUUUAAAGUAGUGUUUAACAUAACAUUACUGUGAAAAACAUUCCAUUAUAUAUUCCCAAGCAAAUGAACUGCAUCUUCUUUAUUGUAUUUUAUGAUUUAGCUCAACAAUUUUAGGCCUCAAUCUUCUUUUCACAUCACUGAUAUUUUAAAUUUGGCAAUGAAUAUGAAAUUACUUUUGAUUUACAGACUGAUUAUAUUAUUACUUUGAAAAUGCAUUAAUUUCUUAGGAAGAUUUGGAGCCUCUUUUUUUGAGUUAAUAUUUAAAUUCUCAUUACUUAUUUUAAUAGCCUGUACCAGGUGAAAAUAGUAUUUAUGCAAAUAAACAAAUCACUAUAGGCUUUCAAGACUUUAAUUUUAAAUUUUGUCAUCAUUGAGGUUUAAAGUUUUUACCUGCUGUCCACUCAAGAUAUAUAUUAACAGUUUAUGAAGUGAAAUAGUUUUACAUAUGAUGUACCUGCAUAUAAAUGAAAAUGGUGUGCACAAAGACACUUUAUGGGAACUGUACUGGAAGAUUUAUGAAAGCAUGUGAAAUUGCACCUAAAAUUGUGUUAUUAGUGACUAUAAGCAGCAAUGCUAAACUUAUUGUACUUGAUGAAUGAAUGUAUUUAGUCACAGUUACCUUGGUUUAAAUGUAUAAAUGUCUUUAGGGUUUUUAAAAAAAAUGUGUUUGUAAUUUGUACUAUUGCGGGGAUAUGCUUGGACUGCAGGGGUUAUUGUCAAUGUGUGAUUUGUGUUUUUAUUUUAUAGAAUCAUCUAAUGUGAUAUACCAAUUUUUAUAAGUGAUAUUUACAUAAUUCUAAUACCUGUAUAUUUGACAACCUAUUAAAAUGUUUUGCAUUGGAA